UAGCGGCCGCGGCGGCGAGCCGAAAGCCAGCGCGCAGCGGCGGCGGGUCGGCUUGGUGUCCUCUGUGCCGCCGGGUGGACUGGCCGCGGCAGGACCCCGCCGGGCGGCCCCGACAGAUUUAAGCCUCUUCAGAGUCUUUUGGGAGAAAAUGGCGGAGACAGCCCCGGAGCCUUGCGGGCAGCUUGUUGUACACUCGGACACCCACAGUGACACUGUCCUGGCUAGUCUUGAGGAUCAGAGGAAGAAAGGCUUUCUUUGUGAUAUUACCUUAAUCGUGGAGAACGUGCAUUUCCGAGCCCACAAGGCCUUACUUGCUGCCAGUAGCGAGUAUUUCUCAAUGAUGUUUGCGGAAGAGGGGGAGAUUGGCCAGUCCAUAUAUAUGCUGGAAGGCAUGGUCGCAGACACGUUCGGGACCCUGCUGGAAUUUAUCUAUACAGGCUAUCUACAUGCCAGUGAGAAAACUACAGAACAAAUCCUGGCUACUGCUCAGUUCUUAAAAGUCUAUGAUCUGGUAAAGGCUUACACCGACUUCCAGAAUAACGAUAGCGCCCCAAAGCCACCGGCUUUGAAUGGCACCGGUACCCCCGUGGUUGUUAUUUCUAACAAGAAGAAUGAUCCUCUGAAACGGAAACGGGGAAGGCCAAGAAAAGCCAGUAGUUUGCAGGAGGGGAAACCAGAGCUAUCCACAGAGGGAGAGAUGCAGCUGAGAGUGAACAAGUCUGUUCAGAAUAGACAAAACUUUGCGGUCAGCGACGGAGACGCCGUCGAAGCGAAUGAACAACUGCCAAAAGAAAAGGAAUCGGAGCCUGCCGGUGAGGCAGGUAGAGUGGAGGAGAUGCCUGCUGAGAAAGAUGAGAACUGUGACCCCAAGGCCCUGGAUGGACCAGAUAGCCAGAGUAGGUACAGCAAGCGGAGGAUUAGGAGGUCUGUCAAGCUUAAAGAUUACAAACUUAUUGGAGAUGAAGAGGACCAGGGUGCAGCCAAGAGGAUAUGUGGAAGAAAAAAGCACUCCAGUGGCCCCGAGGCCAGGUGUAAAGACUGCGGCAGAGUCUUUAAGUAUAAUCAUUUCUUAGCAAUCCACCAGAGACGCCACACGGGGGAACGACCCUUCAAAUGCAAUGAGUGCGGAAAGGGCUUUGCACAGAAACAUUCCUUGCAGGUGCACACCAGGAUGCAUACCGGGGAGCGGCCAUACACCUGUACCGUGUGCGGCAAGGCGCUGACCACCAAGCACUCGCUGCUGGAGCACAUGAGCCUGCACUCAGGGCAGAAGUCUUUUACCUGUGAUCAGUGUGGAAAGUAUUUCAGCCAGAAAAGACAGCUAAAGAGCCAUUAUCGAGUCCAUACAGGCCACUCACUACCAGAAUGCAACCACUGCCAUCGAAAAUUUAUGGAUGUGUCUCAGCUAAAGAAACAUCUGCGAACACACACAGGCGAGAAGCCAUUUACCUGUGAAAUCUGUGGGAAAUCCUUCACAGCAAAGAGUUCCCUUCAGACCCACAUCAGAAUCCACCGAGGAGAAAAGCCAUAUUCCUGCAGCAUCUGUGGCAAAUGCUUCUCUGACUCCAGUGCCAAGAGGAGACACUGCAUCCUGCACACGGGCAAAAAGCCUUUCUCCUGCCCUGAGUGUAGCUUACAGUUUGCUCGCUUGGACAAUUUGAAGGCUCACUUGAAAAUCCACAGCAAAGAGAAGCACGCAUCAGAUUCCAGCAGUGUUUCUGGCAGUGGCGCUGACGAGGUCCGGAACAUUCUUCAGCUGCAGCCAUACCAACUCUCCACCUCAGGAGAGCAGGAGAUUCAGCUUCUUGUAACCGAUUCUGUGCAUAACAUUAACUUCAUGUCGGGUCCCAGCCAGGGGGUCAGCAUCGUAGCUGCUGAGAGCUCUCAGAACAUGGCCACGGACCCGGCUGCUAACCUCACCCUGCUCACACAGCAGCCCGCACAGCUGCAGAGCCUGAUUCUCUCAGCUCAGCAGGAGCAAACAGAGCACAUUCAGAGCCUCAGCAUGAUCGGCAGCCAGAUGGAGCCCUCACAGACUGAGCCAGUGCAUGUAAUCACACUUUCCAAGGAAACGCUGGAGCGUCUCCAUGCCCACCAAGAGCAAACGGAGGCGCUCCAGUUAGCAGCAGGCACUGCAGAUCCAGCUCAGCACCUGCAGCUGACCCAAGAGCCGGGCCCGGCCCUCCCCACUCCACUAGGCCAGGAGCAGAGCUGACCCCAGUGCCUGACUGUUCUGGGCCAGUAGUGACGGGAUGGCCCUUUGGGCCACCAUCCACAGAUCCUUAAAGAUGUGAUAGCUAGCCAACAAAUUAUUUAUAAUGGGCUCCAUUAGGGCAGAAUCUGUGUGUUGGCAUGUAUGCACAAUCUGUCAUUUAUAUAAUGCCAAUUCAUAUUUACAUAUUUAAUUUAAAUAUUGAUGAGGGUUCCACUUUCAUCAACUACAGCUGUUAAAAAUGGGUGGGGGGGGCAUUGAUUUAGACUCCUCUAUAAGUGUUGAAUGUCCACAGCCAUAGAAUAUGGUCUUGUUUAGAACAAAGAGCUAUGCGUAGGUUGAAUCGUCAUCAUCAGUACGGUGGUUGGUUCUGUUCCAUUAUUUCUCAUAGGCAAUAUAAUUGCCAGUCCAAGAGGAGUCACACUGACUGUGAGUGACCACAGCAGUCAGAUUUCCCCUCUGGUAACCUCUUCCCUAAGAGCACCUCUUGACUUUGUGUGGUACAGUGGGCUGAGCAUGUUGCCCUGGAGGUCGAUUCAGACACACACACACUGCUCAUGACACAAAAGCUAAAGUGUCCUUGUACAAUUUUUAUGUUCAUUGUUCUGCAAAACAUGGGUUUAUACAUUUUUUGAAAGAUUCGGGCUGUUAAAUUUUCAGUUCAAAAGUCUGCAAAAGCUGGGGAAGGUAGCUCACACCUAUAAUCCCAGCACUCUGGGAGAGAGAGGCAGGCAGAUAGAUCUCUGAGUUCAAGGCCAGCCCUGGUCUACAAAUGAGAACAGGACAGCCAAAGCUACACAGAGAAACCCUGUCUCCAAAAAAAAAAAAAGAAAAAAAGAAAAAAGUCUCCAAAGCAUGAAACUGGAUCAAGAUACUCAUUCCAGAUAAACCAAAUUUUGUCAGAUGAUAAUACUUGAUUUUCAUGAUAAAGGGUUCUAAAUUACCUAGAAUUUAAAAGUUUAUAAUUAAAGUCCUAAAUACACUACUGACUUCUACUUGAUCUCAAAAUACUGGUUUAUUUGUUUGAUCUCAGAAUUUUCUAGAGGUGAAAGUGUACAGUAAUCUGUGUUUAUUAAAGUCUGUGUUAAAUCCCACAGCAUACCUCUUGACUAUGAGUGCAGGGCAGAAGUAGCUAGCCUGUAUCCAUGACUGACUCAAAUCACCACCAAAAGACUAGGUUAUGUUUGGUUGUAUUUCCAUGAUCACUGCAUUUAGUCAAUGCUUUGACUGUUACUUCUCAGGAAGCUGGCAUCGACAUUUGAGAAAAGAGACGAGGGUGCUCGUGACAUGAUGGUAGCCAGGAGGUCUAAAGCCAGCGUCGCCUUCACAACAGUUUCCUUACCUUAGCUGACUUGAAUUUCCACCCAAAUCCACUAUGGUUUUGUAAGUUAAAGAACUAGAUAAUUCCUUAGGUUAGCAAGAAGAUGAAAGCAUUUUUGUUCUAUAUUUACCAAGUUGUGUUUUAUUAUUCAUAAUUUACAUAUUGAAUUACCACAGUGGUAGAUAUGUAUCAACUAAGUAAUAUGGAAUUAGACCUGACUAGAAGAAACUUUACAAAUACGGCUUCACUUCAGUAUUUGAGACUCUGGAUUUAGUCAUGCCUAUGUGUGAGCGCGGGUUAUAUGUAUGUGCAUGUGUCAGGCCACAGGAGGAUGCCGGGUGUCCUGGUGUCUCACUGCCUUAUUUCCUUGAGACAGGAACCUGGGAGCUGCUGUCCGGCAUGCCCUCAGCCAUCCUCCGGUCUCUACCUCACAGCACUGGGGUUACAAGCACACAUGGCCAUCUCUUGGGUUCUGGGAUCCAGACUCAGGGUGCCACACCUGCUCAGCAAGCGCUCUUACCCACUGAGCUGUCCCACUAGCCCAGGUUUAUUCAUAAAACACAAAAUAUUUACUGUCUUUUCAGAACCUCCUAAUACUCAAUUUUUUCUAGAAUUCUACAUUGUAUUUAAAUUCAGUUUUUCUCACUGUAGAUGGCUAGAUAAUUAUUCAGAAACUUGGGUGUGUGACUCUUGGUUUGGUUUUGGUGUGGGGAAACUCCAUCCACACUUACAUAGACUAAGCACAAGCUGUACCCUAAGCUUAUUUAUUUACUAUUGUAAAUAACAGUGUUGCACUCUGAUGUCCGGGCUGAAAUGAGUGUCCCAAGGACUGUGAGGGCAGCUGUAGUCUGCCUGUCCACAUGACUGAUUGCAAGUUAAAUUUAGUUACUUUGUAACAGUCUACCUCUACCCUAAGAAAUGUCACCUGGAGGUGCAGGUCUGUGAUCCCAGGAGGAAAAGGUGCAGGCAGGUGUACCUUGAGUUUGAAGGCUAGCCUGAGCUACUUAGUCGCUGUAAAAGAAGACAAGGCCUGGGGAUGUAGCUCAAGGGAGGAGUGUGUCCCUGGCAUGCACAAGACUGGGCUCCAUCCUUAGCAUUGCGGGGGGGGGGGGGGGGGUGAGGAAGUAUGAGAGUGAAGAGUUUAAAUUUUUCAAAAGCUACAUGUAACAAUAGGUGAAAUUCAUCAUAAUUAUUUAAGCUACUGUCCUGUCAGCCUUAAUUGUGAACACAGCCUACCCUGAGUCAUGAGAGAAGCAAUUGAGGGAUUGUCUAAUCGGUGGCUCUCGACCUUUGUAACGCAUUGGCCUUUAAUACAGCUCCUCAGGUUGUGGGGACCCCCAACCAUAAAAUUAUUUCUGCUGCUAAUUCGUAACCGUGAUUUUGCUACUGUUACCAACUGUAAGGUAAAUGUCUGAAACGCAGAGGGUUGGGUGUGGAUUGUCGGUGUGGACUGUCGGUGUGGACUGUCGGACCGCUGAAAAGGGUUGCAACCAACAGGUUGAGAACCGCUGGUCUAGAUCAGGUUGGUCCGAAAGCAUACUUGUGAGGAAUCGUCUUGACUGUUGAUUGAUGUCUGAGGGCCUAACCCACUGUGGGCGGUGCCGUUCUUGAAGCCAAUGAUCCCUAGGUCAUGUUAAAACGCUGGUUAAGCAGAAGCCAGUGAGUGCGUCAGGGAGCAGGCCUGCAAGCCAAGUUCUCUCAUGGUUCUUGCCCUGACGCCCCGCCCUGACUUCCCUCAAUGAUGGAUCACGAUUUGAAAGUAAAAGCCAAAUAAAUGCGUUCUUGCCUCACUUUGCUUUGGUCACGGCAUUGGACACAGUGGAGUGUGACUAGAACAUGGAUGGCCGAACAUGUCAGCAUGUGAUUAAUAUUAAAAUGUACUAGUGGUGGUACAAACCGACUGUCU